AAUCCAAUCUUUGUGUAGAACCUACCUCACCUUUCACCAGAACAACCCAAUUCCCAGAUACAACAAACCCUAGAAACUCACAGAGCUUCCCAAGAAGAAGAAGAAGAAGAAGAAGAAGAAGAAGGUGUACCUUGGAAUCGGCGUCCGAUGCUGCAGCUUUUCUUCGCCGUGGCUUUCUCGGCGGCGCCGCUCACCCUGUACGUGCCGCCGGUGCGCAGCCUCAACCUUUUCGUCGAAGCCCUUGAGUCCUUUUUCCGUCAAACCUCCGAUUACUCCGCCCGUGUCUACCCUCGCGCCCGCAUCGCCUUCUCUCGCGUCAUCGCCGUUUUCCGCCGCAUCCUUCUAUAAAUCCUUACCUUCUUCUCUAUCUAUCUGUCUCUCUCUCUCUCUCUCCAUUUGUGUAUAUAGAUUUAGAAAAGAAAGGUUUUUUUUUUUUAAUUACUGGUGUUGAUUUUGGUUGUGUUUGUUGGGGAAUUUGAGAGUUUGAGAUCAUGAGGAUGGAGUGUUUUUGGGGGGAUUUGAGAAAGUUUCAAUCUUUUGUUGUUUUAUUGAGAAUCUACAAACCAUUAAUUGUUAAUUAGGGUUUUGUAAAUAGAUUUUGAUCAACAGAGUUGAUUUUUAGUUUGUUUGUUUGGGAA